CUCUAUUGAUUCAGAAGAUGAGUCUGGCACACCUUGUUGUAAGAGAAAUACGUUGUUAAUUUCAGAAUUACAAAAAAUAAAAAAAUAUAUUAUGUUUGACUUGUAUGGGGUCGGUAGGGAUGGGACAGUUUAUCAUUCAGGACCACCAAGACGAAAUGAAGUCGACAUCCUAGAGACGUGUUUACAACAUUCUUCAGAAGAACUAUUGAGGAAAUUACCCAACGGAGACGCUCUGCAUCAUCAUGUAAAAGACACAGUGAUCUCAACCACUUUAGAAAAAAAUAAAGUUGCACCUCGAGAAAAAAGACGAAGUGUGGGGCGAAAAUGUGCAAUGACUUUUGGUGCAUUUUUACUGGGCUGUGCAUUAAUUGCAGGAGUUGGAUUACCAUUAGCCUUAGAAUUAAGUAGCUCACAUUUACUAGAAGCAAGACUUCAAGUCGUCAGGAGGAUUUUAUCAGAAAUUCCUCUCAUCGACGGUCACAACGAUUUCGCGUGGAAACUGCGAAAAUAUCAGGGAAGUGUGAGAAACAUUCCUUUCCAGGAUGAUCUGUCUCAAAAUAUCACUUGGGGACCGCAAUGGCAAACUGACCUAGUUCGCCUUCACCAAGGCAUCGUUGGUGCACAAUUUUGGUCGGCCUACGUACCAUGCGAGGCACAAUUUUUAGACGCAGUGCAAUUAACAUUAGAGCAAAUAGACGUUGUUCGUAGACUCGCCUCAAAAUAUCCAAGAAGGAUGAGGUUGGUGACCUCGAGCGAUGAACUAAAAAGGGCACACAAGGAUGGCGUUAUUGCCAGUUUAGUUGGCAUUGAAGGUGGUCACAGUAUAGGAUCAUCAAUGGCUGUUUUGAGAAGUUUUCACUUACUUGGCGCCCGCUACAUGACGCUAACUCACAAAUGCAACACACCAUGGGCCGAUUCAUCAUCAGUCGAAGAUCCGAAUAAAGAUGCCCCAAUGGAUUUUCACAGUGAUGGUCUCUCUGAAUUUGGAAAAGCCGUUGUCAGAGAACUCAAUAGAUUAGGAAUGUUAGUUGAUCUCUCUCAUGUUUCGAUAAGAACCAUGAAGGAUGCACUGGCUGUUACAAAAGCGCCAGUUAUUUUUUCUCACAGCGCUGCAAGAAGUCUUUGCAACUCAUCAAAUAACGUUCCAGAUGAUGUGUUAAGAAAUCUAUCUCUUAAUGGUGGCCUCGUUAUGGUUAGUUUUGAUAGUGCUCAUCUCAGUUGUGGAGAUAAAGCUUCUCUGUUCGACGUUAUAGCACACAUAAACCACAUAAGAAAUACGGCCGGCGUCAAUCAUGUCGGCUUCGGUGCUGGUUAUGACGGAAUUUUAAGUCCUCCGACGGAACUUCCCGACGUCUCCGGCUAUCCUCUUCUAUUAGCAGAAUUAACAAGAGACAGAAGAUGGUCGGCUUCGGACAUAAAGAAACUUGUAGGUGGGAAUCUUUUACGAGUUCUAACCGAAGUGGAAAAUCACGCUCUAACACUUUCAAAUCAAUCGCCAGCUGAAGAGUGGAUCAACCAAAAUCUCAUAAAAGACACUGCCUACUGUCGAUAUGAUGUCACUUAAAAAAAAAAAAGUUUCAAAUUUAAAAAAAAAAUCAAAACAAAUUUUUUAUUUUUUUAAACAAAUAUAAUGUGUGUAAUUUCAACAAGAAUGACGAGAAUUUCUUAAUAAUCGUAUUUUUUAAAAUCGAAAGCGAAUGUUUUAAUAUUAAUACGCACUAAUUGCAUCUCAUUUAUUCAUUACACACGUAAUUUCAUGUUCGAAUGAUUUCAAUUUUUUCUGUAACUGACAGAACAAGUUAAAUAUGAGUGAUUUGUAAUUAAAAUCAAUAGAAAAUUUUUAUAAAUUAUUAUAUCAUAAUAUCACACUUUUUCUACAGAUAUCAAAUUGAGACAAAAAAACGAAUCAAAACGUUCUUUCGCAACACUUUUGAUUCGUUUUUUGUCUCAAUUUGAUAUCGGCAGAAAAACUGUGAUACAGUGAAACCUGUCCAAAUAAAACUCGAUUUUUUAAAUUUUAUUACAAUAAGCAACCCUUAAAAAAUUGUUUUAUAAUUCAAUUUUGUAAUAUUUUUACAAUAUUCUGGAACUAUGAGCAAUUCUUGUUUGACAUUUUUGAAUGCAAACAAAUUUUUAAAAUAGAGUUGCAUUCCAACAGGUUCGACUGUAAUAUUAAUUUAUAUAAAUAAAAUGAUUUUAUUUGAGUGAAAGAGAAAUCUCAUUUGAUUACAUUCUUUAAAUAUUAUUUAAACUAAAUUGUACAGUUUAAUAAGUUAGUUUAUAAAAUUAAUUUUAUUUGUACAACAAUUUACAUGA